AUGGGACAUGGUAACAAUGUCACAGAAUUUGUUCUUCUGGGCCUCACUCAGGAUCGGAAUGGGCAAAAGGCACUGUUUGUCAUGUUUUUACUCAUCUAUAUUGUGACAAUGGCGGGAAACAUGCUGAUUGUGAUGACGGUUGUUGCCAGCCCCUCUCUUAGUUCCCCAAUGUACUUCUUCCUUACCUAUCUGUCCCUCAUGGAUGCUGUCUAUUCUACUGCCAUUUCACCCAAGUUGAUCAUAGACUUAUUCUGUGAUAAGAAAACUAUUUCCUUCCCAGCCUGCAUGGGUCAGCUCUUUAUAGAACACUUAUUUGGUGGUGCUGAGGUCUUCCUGCUGGUGGUGAUGGCCUAUGACCGCUAUGUGGCCAUCUGUAAGCCACUGCACUAUCUGACCAUCAUGAAUCGACAGGUUUGCAUCUUUCUGUUGGUGGUGGCCUGGGUUGGAGGUUUUAUGCAUUCUUUUGUUCAACUUGUGUUUGUGUACAGUCUCCCCUUCUGUGGCCCCAAUGUCAUUGACCACUUCAUUUGUGACAUGUACCCAUUAUUGGAACUUGCGUGCACUGAUACCUACUUCAUAGGCCUCACUGUGGUUGCCAAUGGUGGAGCCAUUUGUAUGGCGGUCUUUAUCCUUCUGCUGAUCUCCUAUGGAGUCAUCCUAAGCUCCCUUAAAACUCACAGCCAGGAAGGAAGGCGCAAGGCCCUGUCUACCUGCAGCUCCCACAUCACAGUGAUUGUGCUGUUUUUUGUUCCCUGUAUUUUCAUGUAUAUUAGACCUGUUUCCAACUUUCCUGUUGAUAAGUUCUUGACUGUGGUAUAUACAAUUAUGACUCCCAUGUUGAAUCCUUUAAUAUAUACCUUAAGAAAUUCAGAGAUGAAAAGUGCUAUGGGGAAACUCUGA